AUGACGACAGGGCUUUGUGUGUAUGUCCUGUUGGCGGUCCUGUGCACGAGCUGUUUGGGGCACCCCCUCUCCUCUCAGCACCUGGAGGAGGGCCAUCGCUCCGUCUCCGCUCCCUCUGAAGCCCUCCUCGAGGCUGAUACCCACAGCUUGGGAGAGCCCCACCUCCGACAGAGCCGCUCUGCCCCCCAGCUGAAUGCUCUUCCUGUGGCUGAGGAGGCUGGAGACACCCGGGCCAACCUCAGCGAGUUGCUGGCAAGACUCAUCUCCUCCAGGAAAGGUUCUGUGCGCAGAAACUCAACGGCGUACAGCAAAGGACUGAGCCCCAACCACCGGAUAGCAGACAGGGACUACUUGGGCUGGAUGGAUUUCGGCCGCCGCAGCGCAGAGGAGUACGAGUACUCCUCGUAA